AGGAACGCCUAUGGUUUUUCACGCUUCGCUGAGAAAUUCUUGACUUUUCUUAAAGUUGUUUUGAGUUUCUUUAAAAUGGAGAGAGGUUUUGAGCAGGAAAACCUCUUUACGAUCAAUAAACAUGCGGAGGAAUUCAAAAAGAAGGUUAAAGUUCUCAUCGACAACAAAGAAGAGAAAAUGGCCUUAUUUAACGCCUUAAAGGAAUAUCAUGAGAAUGGCAACCUUUCCAAACUUGUUUUUGAAAUCAGAUCUAUUAUCAACACUCCUAAAAGAUACCCUCUCUAUAAAGAUGUGAGAUAUAUCAUAAAGCCUGAAGACGUUAUGUCGUUUCUCACAAUGAUUCCAAAUUCUCCAAGUGAUGGGAUACACAUGAUUAAAAUACCACAUUCAGGAAGGGAUACUUUAGGAUUCAGCAUUAGAGGAGGUAAGGAACAUGGUCUUGGGGUCUUUGUGUCGCUUGUCCAGAGAGGGUCACCUGCAGAUAUUGUUGGGCUGAAGGUAAUAAUUUCCAGACUAAAU